AUGGCCUCGCCUGUAACCGGCGACGCCGCCGCCAACGGCAUCACAACACCCACGAACGCCGCGCCCAACCAACCCACAAUGGCGAACACGCCGCCGUCGGCGAGCGCACCAGCCGCGAACCCCACACCAGGAGCCGCGACUACCACGGCGGCGUCGACCGCGCCCGUCCAGCCUCCCACUUCCCUCGCCGACAGCGGCCUCAGCAAGCGCCCCCGCGACGCCCGCUUGCUGCACAUGGUGCUAGCACAUUUGGGGGUGCACGCGUACCAAGAGCGCGUGCCGCUGCAGCUGAUGGACUUUGCGUACCGGUACACGGCGGGGGUACUAGGGGACGCGGUCGCGAUCUCGGCGGAGACGACGGCCGGGACGACAGGCGGGGGAAGCAAAGGCAGCGGCGGAGCAGCAGCAGGGGCCAAUGCAGGCGGCGCCGAGGGCGCAGUCAGUCUCGCGGCGGUGCGCAGCGCCAUCGCGAGCCGCUUGCACUACCAGUUCAACGCGACGCUGCCGAAGGAGUUUUUGCUCGAGCUGGCGCAGGAGAAGAACCGCGUUGGGCUGCCGAAGCCGGAGCGUGAGUUCGGCGUCCGGCUGCCGCCCGAGCGGUACUGCUUCACGGGUACGGGGUGGGGGUUGAAAGAGGAGUGGGAGAGCGAGGUCGAG